AGACGCAGAGUGAGUAAGCCCGCAAGCGGAAGUCAGCGAGCCAAACUCCACCAGGCUUCCUGAUCCUCGACAUCGAACAAUCCCUCUCCUCAACCAGCCAUCCUGCUGCUUUCUGGCGACAUCUGAUUGACAUCGAACCCGAUCAAAAACAGAAUCACCGGCAAUCAUGGGAAAGGGCAAGCCUCGUGGUCUCAACGCGGCCCGCAAGCUGCGCAACCAUCGCCGUGAUGGCAAAUGGGCCGAUCUGACUUACAAGAAGCGUCUUCUCGGAACCGCCUUCAAGUCCUCGCCGUUCGGUGGCUCCUCUCACGCCAAGGGUAUCGUCCUCGAAAAGGUCGGUGUUGAGGCCAAGCAGCCCAACUCUGCUAUCCGGAAGUGCGUCAAAGUCCAACUCAUCAAGAACGGAAAGAAGGUUACUGCUUUCGUCCCCAAUGACGGUUGCUUGAACUUUGUCGAUGAAAACGACGAAGUCCUACUCGCCGGUUUCGGUCGCAAGGGCAAGGCCAAGGGUGAUAUUCCCGGUGUCCGAUUCAAGGUCGUCAAGGUGUCCGGUGUCGGCCUUUCGGCCCUAUGGAAGGAGAAGAAGGAGAAGCCAAGAUCGUAAACCGAGAAUAUAGAAGAUUGAGGGGGCGGAGAAACGAGGAUCUUGGUGCGUGUGUUGUGGUUCUUUUGCAGGCAGCUUGUGUGUUUUUCGUGCGUGUGAAUGCAGUCUAUCUGCACUGGCUUUAGAGAUAAAUGCCCUGGAACGAUUGGAGAAAUACUUUCUCCGUUUUAUGUUUAUUUACUUUAUUCCAAAAAUAAACCUCCUACAAAAAUUUACAAAUAUGUUUGCAGUGCAUGAUUGUGGAUGAAUGGGUGUACUUGGGAUGGCGGCUUCGUUGCUUGCCUGUCUUCGAACUUCACCAUUUGUUGUUGACAACAAGUGCUUGUUAAAGGUUGGGUCAACGUUGAUCUCCGUCGCCCGAAUGGUUAUUGUAUAAAACAAAUCGGCAUGAAAGAAGAGAGAGGUACAAAAGCCACUUGCUUCCCCUCAGCAAAGCCGCGGAACUCCAGCAAGCCCUUCACAGAUCACGUAGUCUCCGCAGUGUGCUUAUAUCCUCCCCUUCCUUUAAAUUCAUCUCCCUUCUCCCCAGUUUUCUUUGUCACCGACUGGAGUUUAUUAUCAACAUAUUGGUUUACUGCCUUCAUCAUCCUCAUCUUCCUCUGGCGAAUUCUGAUUCGGAUAUCAUCUUGGAAUUCACUUCAUUUCAUCGUGAUAAUACUUGCUUGCUGUCAUUUCAUUAUCUGGAACCCCACUUCAUGCAUUCCAAGCAUUCUUAAUUUGUUCCCUUCCCGGAUAUUAUUAUUCUCUGUUUCCCUUGUUUUUUAGAAGGCUAUGUCUUCCUUUCGGUAGUGAUCUGAAACAAUACGAUACAGAUAAGAAGGCGC